CCCUCUCCUCCUGCUGCUGGCUGCUUGUUGCCCUGGUUGGAAGCUGAACUGCUGCUGCGAGAGGAUCGAGACGAGGCCGGGCUGCGCGCCUGCUAGAUACACUGAGCAUGAAGAUGGCAGCGGAGGAGCCACAAGCCAAGAAGCCCAAGCUGGAACAAAACCAACUUAGUGAAAAUGUGCUUUUUGGAAUGGGAAAUCCUCUUCUUGAUAUCUGUGCAGUAGUGGACAAGGACUUCCUUGACAAGUAUGGGCUGAAGCCAAAUGACCAAAUCUUGGCAGAGGACAAACAUAAAGAAAUGUUUGAAGAACUUGUGAAAAAGUUCAAUGUAGAAUAUCAUGCUGGUGGCUCUACUCAAAAUUCAGUUAAAGUGGCUCAGUGGAUGAUCGGGAGCCCUUACAAGGCAGCAACUUUCUUUGGGUGCAUUGGAACAGACAAAUUUGGUGCGAUCCUGAAGAAGAAAGCUGAGGAAGCUCAUGUGGAUGCUCAUUACUAUGAGCAGAGUGACGAGCCAACAGGAACUUGUGCUGCCUGCAUCACUGGUGACAACAGGUCUCUUGUAGCUCAGCUUGCUGCUGCCAAUUGUUACAAUAAGGAAAAACAUCUUGAUCUGGAGAAGAACUGGAAACUGGUGGAAAAGGCCAAAGUUUAUUACAUAGCAGGAUUUUUUCUUACAGUUUCGCCAGAAGCAGUAUUAAAGGUGGCCAGUCAUUCUUCUGCAGACAACAAGAUCUUCACUUUGAAUCUUUCUGCACCAUUCAUUAGCCAGUUCUAUAAGGAGCCACUGAUGAAAGUCAUGCCUUACGUUGACAUCCUUUUCGGAAAUGAGAUGGAAGCUGCCACUUUUGCCAGAGAGCAAGGCUUUGAGACGGAAGAUAUUAAAGAGAUAGCCCAGAAGACACAAGCCCUGCCAAAGGUGAACCCUAACAGGCAACGAAUUGUAGUCUUCACCCAAGGGAAAGAGGACACUAUAAUGGCUACAGGACACUUGCCUCAAUCAGUGCACAAGAUACUUUAUUUCUGGCAUUUCCUGAAUUGAGUUCCUGAAUUUGCAACCGUAAUGUUCUUUCAGUGUAGUGUUUUUGUACAUAAUUUUUUAAGUUUUUAAGCAAACUGAAAAAAACCAGAAAUUCCAUCAAAUAGAAUCACAUUGGUCUUCACACUGGUUAGUUGGGGUUGGUAACGUUAAUAUGAUAUUAUCCUCUAUGUAACCCUUUCAUUAGAGGGGGAUAAGACAUGCUCUUGGCCAGUGCGUUUCACAACUAUUUGCUAGACAGCCAAGGAAUAUUGGGAUUCAGGAAUCCUGAGUUCUAUUCCUAGUUCUGGAGGGGAGUGUACUCUAGUGAUUAAAGACCUUUCUGACCUUUUCCUCCACUUCUGCCCCUGUCCAGGCAUGUUCCUGCUAGCUUAUUUCCCUCUGCCUCUGUCCAUCCCCUAGCCUGCCCUGUCUACCUCCCUUCUGUUCCUCAUCACUCUACAUUUGAGUCUGGCUGCAUUCUCCUGCCGCUGCAUCCUCCAUGCUGACUGGGCUCCAGCAUGGAAAGGAUUGGAAGUUGAACUGGGAUAGUCUCCUCCCAGGUCUAGUGUCUGAUGCCAUAGUGGCCCCCAAGAAGCAGGAAGAGCAACUGCAGGGAAAAACCUGUUAAAUCCCUGAAGCCUUGGGCUGGAGCAUGUUCAGUGCAGACAGAAUCUUCAAAGAAGUUAGCUGCCAUCUCUAAUAAACCUUUACCUGAGCAUGUGCAAAAGGCAGCGUUGCCAACUCUCAUGAUUUUAUCAUGUCUUGUGAUAUUUAGUUUUUGUUUGUACAGCCCAAGUGCCUAGAGUCAUGUGAUUAGGUGAGAAUCUCAGGUUUCUUUUUUUUUAAAGUAACAUCCUAGCCUGUGUGGUUGUAGAGAAAAGCUUGAAGACAUGAUUCAAAUAUAUUCCAAAGUGUCAGAAACCAGAAGGCAACUAUAAAACUAUUUUUUAAAAAGAACACAUGAAUUUCAUGAUUUUCUGAGGCUUAACUCACGUUUGAGCACUUGAGAUUGGUAAUACUGAAAUGGAUUUCAGGGGCUUAUAGAUUUCCCAAAUUGGGAUGGAUUUUCAUAGGAAUAGCAAAAAGCAUCUGUCUGACCCUAGGGCAAAAUCCCUUGCCAAAUAUUAAUUCCCUGCUCCAAAGCAUGGGGAUACAAAAUCUUCUUAGGGAAAUGGUUGUCAGAAUUUUUUUUAAAUUCGCAAAACAACAUACUGUUCCUUAACCUUGUUCUUGGAAAUAGUUGAGCUGUUUUUGCUGAAACAGACUCCUGAAAAAUUGCAGCCUGGACGCUUAAAGUUUGGCAAAGUUAUGAGCAACUGAAAACAAGGUCUUAUAAUGGAAAGACCUGUUAAAGUAGCUCUAAAUGCCACUGCCAGCUCAGCUUAUAACUGAACAAUAUGAUGGACGGGAUAGAUCUUUGAAGGGUGCCAUUUUUUAAAUUGCAUAAUAGAUCAAUAAUAUUACUGAUGGCACUAUUGUCAGCCACUGUCAACCGACUCCCUUUAGACAUCCUCAAAAUGAACCAACAUGAAUUCAGUUGAGGAGAUAGCACAUCAGGAACCCACAGCUCAUGUGGUUGAAAGAUCCAUAGAGAUCAUUCUGAAACUUCUCUAUCUUUCCUGUAAAAUGUAACACAGUAAUUGCAAAGUUUAUUUGAAAAGACUGUCUCUCCCCAUUAACAAUCUAUGUGAAUCAGAAGGGCACUGACCAGUAGAGUUCAGCUGAAUGGUUCUUCACCUUGUACUUGGGCCUCAGUCAUAGCUUUCCUGUAUACCCGCAUAAAAUCUUUAUUCAGAAAAAAAAUUAUUUGAUACAUAUUCAAUGUACAAUGAUUCUUUUAUAAAUUUUUCAUUAAAUGUGUGUUUCAAAAUUUAAAUUCAGUGUUCUAAUGAAUUCAUAUGCAUAUUUUAUUCUGCUGUAACAUUCAGCGUUUGAUACAGCCCAUUUCUCUUUGAAGAGCCAAUGCUGUUUAAUAAGGUGAUACACAGGGCAGGUGAUUAAGAGGGUUAUAGUAGAGUAGUCUUUCACCUCCCAACCUUUGGGUUCAAAUCAUAGCUCAAGCAACAAAUGAAAACCUCUGGUAUGGUAUCCAUUAAUCUGGUGAUUAUUUUGUGAGAUUAAUCUGAUGUCAUGCUUAUUACCUAAAUUCUACUGCAGUUUUUUUAGAAAUCUAUUUUUGUUUUACCCUAACUACGUGUGAUUAUUUUUUUUCAUUGUAUGGGAUUAAAGAGCCAACUACUUCAGCAAGUUUCAUAAUAGAUCAUAGUAAUAAGUUGGCUUUAACAUUUUUUCUUGUGGGGAUGCAGAAAGAUCAAUGUAUGUGGUGCCCUAGGUCAUGAUCAAUACUUUUAAUAAAACUUCCUUUUUUAA